AGCCCGACGAGCCUCGCAAACGAGGCGCACGUGAUCCGGGAGCCGUUCGGCGCCCUCGCCGUAGGAGAGGGGAAAGAACAGGACGCGGGGCGCCGCUGUCGUAGCGGCCGCGUCACGCCGCUCCCUCGGGUGGGGUGGCGCGUCACAUGGCCAGGAACGGAGGGGCGCGGCUUGCCGCCGUCACGUGUCGCGCGGCCCCGCCCCCUCGCUAGCCCUGGCGGCAGCGCUGAGGCGAAGCAGCCAGGAGGAGGAGCGGCCGGGCGCAGCCUCAGCGGCGGCGUCGCCUAUGGGGAAGGCAGCCGCGCCGCUGUGCAGCGCCGGCACCCGCGGGCUGGUCUCCCUGCUCAGCGCCGUCCCUUGCCUGGCCUGCAAGCAGCCCCCUCGCCGCCCUCCUCCGCCCCCCGCCCUCCUCGUCGCCAUGAGCCUGGCCGGCGCCACCACCCUCGAGGGGCCAUUGCCCUCCACCCCCGCGACCACCCCGACCUCGGCCGGCCCCGGGCCCGACACGUACAAAGGCUGGCUCUUCAAGUGGACCAACUACCUGAAGGGCUACCAGCGCCGCUGGUUCGUGCUUAGCAACGGGCUGCUCAGCUACUACAGGACUCAAGCUGAAAUGGCUCACACCUGUCGGGGAACCAUCAACUUGUCAACGGCUCACAUUGACACGGAGGACUCUUGUAACAUUGUGCUUUCCAAUGGGGGAAGGACAUACCACCUGAAGGCUCACUCAGAAGUGGAGCGGCAGCGAUGGGUCACUGCUUUGGAGCUGGCCAAGUCCAAAGCCAUCCGCAUGAGGAACAACCAGUCAGAUGACUCUGGUGAUGAGGAGCCAGCCUCGCAGUCUGACAAGAGCGAACUGCACGGCACUCUGAAAAGCCUCUCGAGUAAGCUGGAGGAUCUCAGCACUUGCAACGACCUCAUCGCCAAGCAUGGGGCAGCCCUCCAGAGGUCCCUGAGUGAGCUGGAGAACCUCAAGCUGCCCGCCGAGAGCGGGGAGAAGAUCAAGGCGGUCAACGAGAGAGCCACCCUCUUCAGGAUCACCUCCAAUGCUAUGAUAAAUGCCUGCCGCGACUUCCUGGAUUUAGCCGAGACCCACAGCCGCAAAUGGCAGCGGGCGCUCCAGUAUGAGCGGGAGCAGCGGACCCGCCUGGAGGAAACCAUUGAGCAGCUAGCCAAGCAGCACAACAACUUGGAGAGAGCCUGCCGAGCCCCCUCCCUCUCUACAAACACCAGCAUCCGCGCAUCCAAAGCAGGGAGCGUACAGAGCGUGAAAGCGGAAGCCAGUGAUGAAGAUGAGGAGACGGAGUACUUCGAUGCCAUGGAGGACGCACAAGCUUUCAUCACAGUAGCUGCGGAUCCAUCGAAGCACCACCGGCGUGCCGGGAGCAACGUUAGCGGGACCAGCGAAGGCCGAGGGGAGGGCUGGAACCUGGACGACAACGUGUUUGACAGCUCUCACCAAGCCAGCUACGACGGUUCAAGCAAAGAUGGCAUUCACAAGAAGAAGAGGCGGACUCGGGUCCCGGACAAGCCCAACUAUAGCCUUAACCUCUGGAGCAUAAUGAAGAACUGCAUUGGCAAAGAACUGUCCAAGAUUCCCAUGCCUGUGAACUUCAAUGAGCCGCUGUCCAUGCUGCAGAGACUGACAGAGGACCUCGAGUACCAUGAACUGCUUGACAAAGCCGUCAAGUGUGAGAGCUCCAUUGAGCAGAUGUGCUUUGUGGCUGCUUUCUCCGUGUCUUCCUACUCGACGACAGUCCACCGGACGGCGAAGCCAUUCAAUCCGCUCCUGGGCGAGACCUAUGAGCUGGACCGGCUAGAUGAGCUGGGUUUUCGCUCUCUCUGCGAGCAGGUGAGUCAUCACCCUCCGGCCGCAGCCCAUCAUGUCUAUUCCAAGCGAGGCUGGACACUGUGGCAGGAAAUCACCAUUGCCAGCAAGUUCCGAGGCAAAUACCUCUCCAUCAUGCCGCUGGGUUACAUCCACCUGGAAUUCCACUCCAGCGGCAACCACUACGUCUGGCAGAAGGUGACCUCCACCGUUCACAACAUCAUCGUGGGCAAGCUCUGGAUCGACCAGUCUGGUGACAUAGAAAUCAUCAACUACAAAUCAAAAGAUAAAUGCCAACUGAAAUUCACUCCCUACAGCUAUUUCUCCAGAGAUGUCCCCCGAAAGGUGACAGGCCUAGUCAUGGAUGCGGAGGGCACAAGUCACUAUGUCAUGUCCGGCACAUGGGACGAGAAGAUGGAGUGCUCCAAAAUCGUGCAGAGCAGCCAAGGAAACGGCAGCUCAGAGGGCAAGGUGCCCAAAACCGUCUACCAGACGCUGUCCCCCAAGGUCCUGUGGCAGAAAUACCCUCUUCCGGAGAACGCUGAAAACAUGUACUUCUUCUCCAACCUGGCUUUGACGCUGAACGAGCCCGAGGAGAGGAUAGCCCCCACGGACAGCCGCCAGAGGCCUGACCAGCGGCUCAUGGAGAAUGGCAAGUGGGACGAAGCCAAUGCAGAGAAGCAGCGGCUGGAAGAGAAACAGCGGGCCGUGCGGCGCAAGCGGGAGGCAGAGGCGGCAGAGGCCCUGGAGGAAGGCAAGGACUACAGAGGCUACAGCCCGCUGUGGUUUGAGCGGAAGGUCGACCCGGUCACCGGGGAGCUGAUGUGCGUUUACAAAGGUGGAUACUGGGAAGCGAAGGAGCAGCAGCAAUGGAGUGCAUGCCCCAAUAUAUUCUGAGCGGCUUCUGAGCCGGACUGGCGUCUCCCGGGGCGGAAGGGGAGCCUCCCUCCUCAUCCUGCCCACGGGAAAGAAGAGCUGGUAGCAGAAGCACUCCAGGCAACGUCCUGCUGGUCAACACACACUUCAAAGAAACACACAAGAGUUUAAAUAAAUGCAGAUUUUUUAAAAAAAGAAAAGAGAAAAACUGCAAGACGAAAACCAAACAGGGAAUUCCAAACCUAUUUUUAUGCACUAAUGAAAUGGCAUUUGGGGGUGUUUUUGUUUUUGGGUUUAAGUGACUUUUUAAAGCUACCAAUUAGGAUUGAGAUAUUUUUUUCUUUUCUUUUCUUUUUAAGCCUGGCCUAUUUAUUGCUGCAUCAGGAGAUGCAGCCUCCUUACAUAUUUUGAGCUUCCGGUUCUCUUAACCGAAGCUCUGACAUUUCCAAAGAUGCACGUAUUUGUGGGGGAAUGAUGUAUGUUUGAUUCUUUUUUCUUUCUUUCUCAUUUGUGCGCUGGGGACUUGAAAUAUCUUUUAUAUAUAAAAUAGUAUACGUAUAAUUCAGGUUCUUUUUCUCUAGAUGCAGCAACUCCCUAAGCCACGUCCCAGAUGGGUCCUAAAUUCUAGGGAGAAAGUGCGGUGUCCGGGGGUGUGGGGGGGGGGAGUUAACAAGCCAAUAACUUUCCCCCACCCCAUUUUGAGUUUUGCAUCUUUGGAGAAGGGUUGGAGGAGCGUUCUGACAACUGUGGUUUAAGUUCCCUCCCAUGCUUUUUGGAGUACUUGGAUCCAGUAUCGGUCAACAGGCAAUAUUUUUGUUACUUUGUCUUUAAAAAUCAAGUCUCUGGGCGGUUUUGUGUUUUGGGGCGUGUAUGGCCAUUUAAUUUUGGUUCUGUAAUCACUCCCUUGGUAGAGAAGUUCCCCCUUUUGCCAGCUGGUUGUUCUUUUCCGAAAGGACUUUCCCGGUGCGGCUAGGCUUGGGGAGAGCUGGAGAUGAACCCUGGCACGCCUCGAUGCCAUCUUGCUAGUUCCUACCCCCCCCCCUCACUUUGAGAUUACGGCACAGGAGCUGGGUGCAAGCCCAGGCAGGGUGGAACUGAAAGCUCCCCCACACUCUAUUUGGUUAGAAACAGCACCCUCCUUCUCCAUCACACACCCACAAGGCUGCUCAUUCACACAGCCAGCAGUCACAACAAACUGCCGAGCCCCUGGCGCCGUGGAUCAAUGUGACGCCGGUGGCGAGGCGCAUCUGGGCAGCACUCUCUCCAUGCGCAAACGUGAGACACCUCUGUGGACCUCGCUGGCGCCAUCUUUGUAGGAAGCACACAUGGACACUCCCUCUCCUUGCUUGCUGUCCUCUUCAUCAGAGGCCUGGUGACUCUGGAGGAUGCAGAGAGCGGAGCUGGCGAAGAUGCCAGGGGGCACUGCCCUCUGCUGCAGUCAAGGGGAAAGUGGGUUUUCCAAGGACAAACACCUUCAUCCCAGAUGCCUCACAAGUAGCAAAAUGUGCUCUCUCUGUCUUUCUCAGAGCAACCCAUUCUCUCUCCUGCCCCCGUUUGUCAUUCAAGGCUAGCCACUGAGAUGCCGACAAACCCACAUUCUCUGAAAUCGCAGAGGCAUUGAUACCGUUUUGCCAGCUGUUCUUAAAUUGCCCGACUGACCACCUUUCUCCCCUGACCAGAACUUGCACAAGCAGGCUCUAGUUUCAGCCCUAGUUCUGGGGGGUUUUUUGGGGGGGUGUUCCAGGGAAGUUCUGCCGGCACCUGGAUUUGCACGUCCCUCUUUCAGACUGGCUGGUUUGCCGAUGCUGAAGGCCUGGCUGCCUGGUGUUUCCCUGUGAAAGAAUGGUGCUUGGGACAAAUGUCCCUUACGUCCAAUGGGCCGGGCGGCUCUUUUUGAGAACUGAACAGGGUCCAUAAGGCCUUUUGCCUUUGGAAAAUAACAGAGCCGCCCGGUCCUCUGGCUCACAAAAUCACAUCUUGACAGAUGCAGGAACCAGCGGAUUUCUUGUGGCCAGGCACAUUUUUGCGGGGCGGCGGGGAGAAAACGAGCAAUAACGAACUUCAGGGCUUCACUCUCUGCCCCCAGAUUGCAAAGGAGAGGUCUUGAGUCAGGUUAUCCCCCAGAGGGAUUUCCAAAAACCCUUUCCCUCACAGCACCUGUAGGAACUGAUAUUUACUCUCUGCGUUUCCAAGUAUAUAUGUAUAUACAUGCACACACACCUUUGCACAGUAUAUUUAUAUAUUUAUACAAAUCUACAUAACCUGUGCAAAUACACACACACACACACAAACACGCAUAUACACACCGUACAAUGUAACUGUAGUGACUGAACAUCAGUAUGCCAACAGCUGAUUUCAGUGUGCUCUUUAAUCUUAAUUAUUUAUUUGCUUCUAAUUUAUAUAUAUUAUAUAUAUAAAAUAUAUAUAUAAAAUUAUUUUUGUUUAAAUUUAUAUGGUACAUAAAGUAGGGGGGGAUAAUAAUGAAGACGGGUGUGUGCCUCUGUCUGAAUUUUCUUUUUAUAGUGCAAAUUACAUGUACGGUAAAUCUUGAUUCCUCUUUUCAGGGUAGGUGUCCUCUGUCUCUCUUUUCUUAACGAGAAAAAUAAAAGUGUCGAGGUUAGAGGCACCGUCCAUGCUGAGCUCCUGUUCAUUUCGACGGCUUGCACAGGAGAGCGGUCUCCAGGAUUGUGCCCCCAGACCAUUGAUUUAUACACACAGAGAGGAGAUAAGGGUCUUGCCUUGCUAACAUUUGCUCCAAAGCCGCAGGCUGAAUAGAUUCAGCAGGCCAGGUGUGCGCCGGCUUCCUCUUGAGCAAGCCCGUUUCUCUCAGGGGGUGUUUAAAAGGAGAUGCUCCCGGUAGAUAAUGCUUCCAAGGGUCCCGAUUGCUCGGCCUUCCCCAAACCUGUGCGCUUCCAGAUGUUUUGAACUACUGCUGGGGAAGGCUGAUCCAGUGUAGGGAAGCUUUGGCCCUCCAGAUGUUGCUGAAAUGCAAUUCCCAUCGUCCCCAGCCAUGGGCCAUGCUUGCUGGAUCCGAUGGGAGUUUGUCUGGGAAGCCAAAGGUUCCCCCGCACCCAAAUCUAGAAGAAGAAACUAUCCCUUUCUAAAGAAAGCAACACAUUUCCUGUUCCUGAAAAUUCCCAUCGAGCCAAAACAGUAGCUUUUGAUGCAGCGUUCCUCCUGUGUUUUACUUGAAAAAAAUUACUCAAGGUACUACCACUUUUGGGGUGCUUCUUUUGGAUUUGUUUCCCCUCACUCCUGUACCCUGGCGGGGGGUGGGAAUGUAAAUGUGUGCGUCUGAAUUUUUAUUUCUUUUUUUAAAAGUCAAAACCUGCUGCAGCAGUGUUGCCAAAGCCCACCACGAACUGCUAUAUAUAUAGAUAACGUCUCGAUCGAGUCAGCAUUAUGUCUUCGAUAAGGGUAGUUUUUCUUAGGUAACAACAAUAUGCUGCAAAACUCGUGGGCAGAAGCGAAAGAAGUUCGAUGCCGUUCUUGAAAAUCUGGUGUGUGUGUGUGUGUGUGUGCGUGUAGAACAGUUGUACUCCAAAUGAAUUGAGAGAGGGGUUUAAUUUGGAUAAAGGAUUUCUUUCAAACACACUUUUUGAAAAUUGACUUUCCCCUGUUCAUAUAUACAGCCUAGCGUGGAGGCAGUUCUGUGAGCUCUGAGGCUGCAAACGGGUGUUGUUUUUCCAGAAUCGAAAGGGGAAGCGACAGAGCCGUUGUUGCACCAACGUGGGCACAGAAACCAUUUUUUGUUGUUGCAUCCAUUACCUGUACAAGUAUGGCAUGGUUUGUUUUUAAUGCUUGAAAAACCCACCAACCUAUUUGGCCUGAAGUCACAGUGGGACAGGAAAGGAUAUCUCCCUCCAGGGAUUACGUUUCUUCACCUUUUACUUUCUGCAGCAGGAGACAGUUCUGCAAUGUGGGGGUCUCGUUUUUUUCUCUUUCCAGACAGCUGAUGCACCAUCUUCAGAAAUGGGAAUGGCUUGCUGGAGAAUUAAAACAGGUCCGUUGCAUUGUGAGGAGCUGCUCUCCAAUAGUUGAGGACGAUGGGUGUUUGGCUUUUUGCCAGACUGAUUCUUUCCCCUGCCACAAAGUGUAGCAUUUUCCCAGAACUUCCGAGACAACGUGAUCUAGUCUGCUGGACCGCCUCAGAUGUGAUUAUUCUGCACAAGCUUUUCCUAACCUGGUUUCCUCCCAGUGUUUUAGACUCCAGCUCCCAUCAGCCCCCAAGAUCACUUCGCCGUGCUGGCUGGGGCUGAUGGGAGUUGUAGUCUAAAACAUCUGGAAAGCACCAGGUAAGAGAGGGGAGGUUGCUGAAGACACAUAGAUGCCCCUCUUCCUAAGAUGCUCUUUUACCUUGAGCCGGAGCAACCGAGCAAGCAGUGGUUUUCAACUCUUUGUACACUCUUUCUCAGUUCAGUUUUUAAUGCUGUAAAAAAAUAAAAGAUACAGGGGUUUCUUGC